AUGGCGACUUCUGAGACGGUGAUGCUUGUGAUCAGAUCAGUUACGCCGAAGUUUCGCAACAACCACGAUAAGGUCGCUUUCGCUGUUCACGCUUCUUUCCUCGCUUCCGGUUUCAUCCUCACUGCCACCGGACGGCCUGCCUUCGCGGACGACGCUCUCUCUUCGUCUCCUUCUCAGGAUGCUGUUGGGAUUGAUGGGUGGAACGAAUUCAACGGGGAAUACGCGUUUGUCUAUAGAAAUCCGGAGAAGGGAUCGAAGAAAGUUUUGGUUAAGUGUUUGGUGAUUGAUGGUAAACUUAUCGUUAAUGCCAUACGUGAAGGUGGAGCAGAACCUAAUCAUCUUGAGAUAGAAGUUGGGAAUUAUGCAGAGGAGAGUAGAGACGGAGAUUACACUGCGCAGUUUAAGAAUUUGGGUAAAUUAGUAACUGAUUUGCAGAGUGAGAUUAUCGAUAAGCUCAACGGAAGAGUGAAACCUGCUUCUUCAAGAACCCCUUCCAGCUCUGAGACAAAUGAAGAGCGUGGACAAUACGUUGGAAUACCAGAUCCAUUAGGCCCUCAGAUUCACCCGUCAGGGGUGGUAAUUCCUCCAGUACCCCGUGAUGGAGGUUACAGUGAUCUCCACCCUGGCCUAGGUGCGGGAAUGUACCCUCACAGGGGUGGUUCUGGCGAUGGAAGCAUGCUUGUAGGACCAAGUGACCCUCGCUUUUUCAGCCCAUACGGUGAUCAACCUGGCUUCAUGGGACCACCACAACCGGGUGUACCACCUCCUGGUGCUCGUUUUGAUCCUUAUGGCCCGCCCGGUGUUCCCGGUUUUGAGCCAGGCCGUUUCACAAGGCAACCACCAAGAGGACCAGGAAAUGGGAUGCAUCCAGAUCUUGAGCAUUUUCCAGGCGGUUCAGAUUUUAUUUAG